GGGGGCGGGGCCAGCGCCGCGCUUCCGGCAACACGCCGCCCGCCGCCACAUAAAUAGCGCGGAGCGGCGCCGCGCCUGCAGCUUCGCCGCACCGGCACCCACCGUGUUACCGCGUCCGGGUUCCGCCGCCUCUCUUCAUCUCCCUCCCGGGUUUGGUCCCGCUCUGUCCCGCCGCCAUGCCGUUCCUGGGGCAGGACUGGCGUUCCCCCGGGCAGAACUGGGUGAAGACGGCCGACGGCUGGACGCGCUUCCUGGACGAAAAGAGCGGCGGUUAUGUCGCCGACAUCAGCAGUUUCUGUAAAAAGGAUGAUCACAACAAAGAGAAUCUCUUCAACAGUCUGAAUUAUGAUGUUGCUGCCAAGAAGAGGAAAAAAGACCUGCUGAAUAACAAAACCAAGAUUCAAUAUUUCCACCAGGAGAAGUGGAUCUAUGUUCACAAGGGGAGCACAAAAGAGCGCCAUGGUUACUGCACCUUGGGAGAAGCCUUCAACCGACUUGACUUCUCCAGCGCUAUCCUGGACUCCAGGCGAUUCAACUAUGUUGUGAGGCUGUUGGAGCUGAUAGCAAAGUCUCAGCUGACGUCACUGAGUGGCAUUGCCCAGAAAAACUACAUGAACAUUUUGGAAAAAGUGGUGCAGAAAGUCCUUGAAGAUCAGCAGAACAUCAGGCUAAUACGGGAACUGCUGCAGACCCUCUAUACUUCCCUCUGCACUUUGGUUCAACGGGUGGGCAAGUCUGUCCUGGUUGGAAACAUCAACAUGUGGGUCCACAGGAUGGAGAGUAUUCUCCACUGGCAGCAGCAACUGAACAACAUUCAGAUCACCAGGCCUGCCUUUAAAGGAACCACUUUGACUGACCUGCCCUUGUGUUUACAAUUGAACAUCAUGCAGCGACUGAGUGAUGGGAGAGACCUGGUGAGCCUUGGUCAGGUGGCUCCCGACCUGCAAGUGCUCAGCGAAGACCGGCUGCUGUGGAAGAAACUCUGCCAGUACCACUUCACGGACAGACAGAUUCGCAAACGGCUAAUCUUAUCUGACAAGGGACAGCUGGAUUGGAAAAAGAUGUACUUCAAGCUCAUAAGAUGUUACCCACGGAAGGAGCAGUACGGUGACACGCUGCAGCUGUGCAGGCACUGCCACAUCCUCUCCUGGAAGGGUACCGAUCACCCUUGCACAGCCAACAACCCGGAGACCUGCUCCACCUCCCUUUCACCGCAAGACUUUAUCAACUUGUUCAGGUUCUGAACUCGGGUCACCGCAGCUUAUGAUAUUCUUACAGGACGCUUCAUGCCACUGAGCUUGGACACUCCAUUUGUAAAUAGUGUAAAUAUUCAUGUUUGCUCGAAGCUCCUGAGUCAAGAAACAGGAGGAUCUUGGAGAUGAAAGGUGAAAUUGCUCACUGACGUGCAGCACUUAAGGAAUACAGACUUCUGUAGGACUGGUGUAUAAAUGCAGCAUGUUGUACAGCGUCCCUUUUUUAUGGUCAGAGUACAAGAUACAGGGCAAAAAACUUCAUUUUUUGUUUUUAGACGUUAAAAAUGAAUUUGCCCCACAACCAUAAGAACUCUUUUGGUUUGUUUCUAAUAGAGAGAAAGCAAUAUGAGGCUAGGACUGUUGAACUGUUUCUCCAUCUGGUUUUAUUUAGCGUACAUAUUUAUAAAUAUGAGGAUUUAAAAAUAUUUAUGAAAAAUAUCCCUGUGACAAGUUUAAUAAUACUUUUGUGUUUUUAAAAAGGACACAUUCUGAAAUACGUAGGACAGAACUCAAGCCUACUUGCAAAAGAGAAUCGCACCAUACCACUUUCUACCUCUAAUAGAUUGAGUACCUUUCAAACAAAAAUCCAGUGUACAAUGUGAACUUUUGUAUUUUGUACAAUGAUUUAAAGGGAAAUGUUUGUGAUAGUAAGCAUCUUUUCUUGUAUUAAUGCUUACCUCUUUACAUUAGUUUUCUUGCUCUACUCAGUGCUUGAAUGCCUAGAUGAUAGGCACCAUAUAAAUACCUAAGACUUUACUCCAUCCUCUUUUAACUUGUUGGUUUUAUGAAAGACUCAGCAAAAGGGAAAAGAGAAGCCACAAGGAUGAAGAUUAUCUAAAACGGAGGAAGUUCUAUUAUACAGAAACAAAGGACUGAGUUUAAUCUCACUAGGUUAAUUGCAGUGGUUGAAAUCCCAAGUGAGGUUAGAAUCUGGUUCUUCAAGCCCAUGUUUUCCUAGUUUUCCCACAUAUACACUGCUCUGUAUUCGCACUUCUGUCAAGUGAAUUCGGUCAUCUUGGAGCUGGUAAAAUACAGAGAGAACUGGGCUGUCGAACACAGUGAAAUGAUGCGGUUUUUAGUCACUGAAGACCGGCAGCAUCGUGUUUGAUUUCAGACCCCUGGAGGUUCAGGAGAUGAGCAAAACAGCAUGAAGAAGUAGGUCAGCAUUUUUCUAAAGGCAGCAGUCAGGACUGGGCGAGUGAGGGAUUUCCAACAUGGCACUUGACGUAUUCGGUUAUUUCUCUGUGCCAAGGACAUCUCAAAGACCAAGCCUAGUCCCUUCUGCUUCCAGUGCUGACCACCUCUAUGGGGUCCUCUAACACUGGCCUAGAGCUAAAUUUUCAGUCCUAUGGAAUAAGUGGUCAAACUCCAAACUUCACUGUAGCCGUGAUCUGGCUCACAGUCUCCUCUGUUGCGUACAACGCUUCACUUUUCCCUACAGUGGAGCUAGAAGAAUCCAGCUCGUAUGUAACAAUUUGAAAACCUGCAGUGGAAAGUUUUUGCCAGUAGAUUUCCUGUAUAGCACUUUCUCUGUGCACGAUAUAAGCAGGAUGCCUCGGAAGGGUAAAUAUUUAGUGGGCUGUGUGUGACUAUGUACAAAGAAUUGUGAGGAAGAGGAGUACUCAGGACAAUUCAGGAAGAACUACUUGAGUUAAUUAUUGUUAAAUAUUCUGUUCCUUUUUUUACAUUUUUAUAACUGACUUUCAACACUUUUCUGCCGCUGUUUUAUAUUUUUUAAAAAAUCAACAGUAUUUGCAUUUUUGCAAACUAAAUCACUUUGCAUACUAUUGUAAGAGAUGCAAAAAGGGAAAAGAAGCUGCCUCUAGAUGGAGCAGUCAGGAACGGGGGGAGGAAGGCUGGAAGGAGAAAACCAGGAAGAUGCUGCCAAGAACUGCGCUUCUCCUGCCUUCCAACAGCAAACCCAAGCUUUUGCUCUUCCAGAGAGCUGGGUGAGCCUGUGUUGCCCUUAACCAUGGCCCAGAGCUUGGCACUCUCCAGAGAGGAGGGGAAACCACGUGCGGGAUAAGGGAGCUUUGUCUUGGUGUUGCUGCCCCAUCCAUCAGUUUGACUGUGGGUGGAAAGCGUAAGCCUGCUGGUUGUAUUCGUGUCAACUGAAAGUGAUUUAAAAGCCGCUACCUUGGAAAAAUGAACUUGUGUUUGUUUGGGGGGAUGUUUGUGAGUGAGGGAGGCCAGUUUUCAUUCCCACAUUGAUGGCAGUGGGUAGAACGAGGCUGAAAUCUGGCUUGGUGAAUGAGAACAUUAAGGACAGAAACCUGCAAGUGAAGCAUUGCCACUAUAUUUGGAGAUUCUAGCAGCGAGAGGACCCGUGCCCCUUGGCAUCUUCUGUUUCCAGCUCUGACGGGGGGUUGGUUUGUCUCAGUCUUGCCUCUGCCAUCCGCAGCGCCCCAGCCUGUUGUGAUGGGGAGGUGACGGUAUUUCGGUAUGAAAUACUGGGGGGUUCUGCCUAGUCCCAGUCCGUGCUUAGCAGAUGACAAUUUAUCCACUGUGAGACUGUGACACUGGGUAAAUUUUAAGCUCAGGUUUGAAUCCAGACUAGUGCAUUCCCUACACAGCAAGACAGCAAAUCCCUGCUUUUAGCUGCCAUUUGGGAAUGUCUCAGCUCUAGCCAUUGCCUCUACCAGCCCUUCACUGGUCUUGACCAGAAUUUAUUCAGUGUCCUCUGCCCAGGGUCAUGCUGACAACAUACAGAAUGUGCAGCUGAGGCUCCUAUUUAUAAAACUUACUUCAAUUCACGUGUUUUCUGAUUUCUCUGCACUGCAUAGAUCUUAAAGGGUCGAAGUGCUGAGGAUGAUUUGUAAAUAUAUACAGACACUUGUGCGUUGCUUGUGUGAGGUGCUGGGAUAUUGCCGUCAAAACCAAGCAACUAUUGUAGUGGAGAACAAAACGGACUAAACAAAAAGAAACAGAAUAAGCCUCAUUCAGUUACUGCCUCAGUCAUUACCCUCCUGCUACAGCAACUGUCAAAUAAGACCUUGAUCUCUUUAAGAGACUCAUUGUUUCUGGAGUGGCUGGUACAGGGAGACAUUAUGGUGAAUUCCAUACUCUUGUUUUGUAUGUAAAACAAAACGCUCUUGCAUCCAAAUACCUUAGUUUAACCACUUGUAAACAAAGUGAUCAGUGUUUUAGCAGUGCGGAGGCAUCUGCUUGGCUGAGGAUGGCGGAGUAACAAAACCAACUGUGAUAACAGGAGCGUCCAGGCAGGAUGGUGCAAGGCUGCUCUCGUGCUAAAAGGACCUCUUUAUUCUAACACAAUUGUGGCAAAGCUGUAGUGAAAGGUAAACAGAUUUUUUGCUUGUAUUUCGGAAGUAGAACGUUUUUUUCAAAUGACAUUUCACCUUCCAGUUAGUUGAUGCAUUCCCAUUAGACAUGCAUCAGUUCUUAUGCUAUAGGAAAGGAGGGUUUCUCUCUUCGGGGAUUUCUCCUGCCAGCAUAUCCGGAGAAAUCUCAUUAUCUUCAGAGCAUGUGUUAACCAGUGCAACUGUGUAGAAUGUGGUACUGUGAAGAGGAAAAAUAGAUCCAUGCAGGGGAGGAGGCUUAGGAAGGGAGAGAUCCCAGAGAUCUCCGUUUCAGCUUUCUAGAAGAGGCAGGUAUUUGGAGUUCGUUUUAAUGUGGUAGCCACUUCAAGAGGCACAAUUUCAGCUGUACAUACCUUAAGCCAUUUAUACUAACUAUGGUAUGGUAAAGUUUGAUCAUAAAAUGUGUGCACCUCCUCUUAUAUUGUUUGGGUUUCUUUUCUUUUUCUUGUGGGAGUUUCUAGAUCCUUUUGUUUUGUAAAGUGAUUAGGAAAACUUGUAUUGCUCUGAAGACCUUGCUUUGUAUGUAAACGUUUAAUUGCACCCUGCCACUUUCUGUAUAUGGGAAUAUCUUUUUUAUUAUUUUUCUUUGCCCCCAGGUUUUGAACUGUUUGUGUUCCCAUUUCUGUUUGACUUCAGUUACUCUUGUGAAGCUAUCGCCUUUUAGAACAUAACGCAGGUACUAAACCAGCUUUUCCUGCCCAGAAGAUUCUUUGGCCCUUAGUAGCUAAAAUUUAAUUUAGGGCAGGAACAUUUCAAAUUCUGUUAUGUAGCUAAUAAAUCAGAUGCGCUGUUUCGCGCUAAUCUCGUGCUCGGUACAGCAAACCAGCGUUGUCCUCUGCGGUUGUUCUUACAAACCAGUUACACAGCUUCCCCACAAAUCAGCACCUUGCCAAAAAGACGUAGCUUUAAAUUAAAAUGCCACUCUUCCUAGCUGGCCUGUUUGCAAAAACACAGAGCUCAGGGAGCUGAAGGCUGGUCAGGUUGAUAAAGACUCCCUGUUCCAAGGUUUGGGACUCUGGUGUUCUGCUUGUGCUCCUUUUUCUCAGCUGGUAGCUUCUAAAGACGCUUGUUAAAGGCUCUGGAGACGUGGCCAACCAUCCACGCAGCUGUCAGCGUGGGGCUGCCGGGCUGUCUCAGGGCCUUUACCAGCGCCCGAUUUCUAUCCCACAUCUUCCUCCAGUUAAUUUGUUGAUAGCGAAUCAGCUUUGCAGGAUCUGGCCUAAGGGAGGACAAAUCCAUCUUGUCCUUGACACAGCAGUCUCUAGUAAAUUAAUACCUUGAACACCGGAGAGAUUCCUCCUCCAUUGAUCAAGCAGUGCUGCUUCUCCUCCUGGGAGGGCAGCUGAGGGUGGAACUCGCGUUUCUGUAGCCAUCCUGCACCGCAUGGAGCGCUCACAGGUCAGCUCCCAAGAGAACAUUUUAAUUUCAAAUAGCAAAUAUGCUCAUCUUUAGGAGCUAAUCUGCAGUAAUUAUAAAUAUCUAGUUAUAUAUGGAAGAGAGCGUGUGUUCUGUUUUGCUUUUCCUUAAAGUUGUAACUAGAGGUGAUAUGAAGUGAAAGGCGUCCCUUGUAUAAUAAGACUUCUGUUUAAUAUUAUUGUGUGGUUAAAAUCCUUCCAUUAUAAAUUUGCACACUUUUUUCUUCCCUUGCAUGUUCGACUCUGAUUUCUACAGCUGUUCUGUGCAGACAGUAAUGUAUUUUUGUAAAACAUUUUUGACACUGAAUUGCAAUAAAUGUUCAAACAAUGUGAA